GCUACUUUCAUUUUCCCUUCGGAGAAGCAGCUCGUCUCUCGCUCCCGUUCACUGCAGGAAAACUCAAACCGGCGUGGAAGACGACGCGGGACGAGGAAGGAUCUGCAGAAGCAGCUGAGGAGGGGAAGAUGGACUGGACCAGAGGAGGAAAUAGGGGAGAACUGAGGAUCGUCCUUGUGGGAAAGACUGGAGGCGGCAAAAGCGCCACAGGAAACACCAUCCUUGGCCAGAAGCUCUUUGAUUCGAAACUUCAGGCCAGGACAACCACCUUGGUCUGCCAAAGGGCGUCUUGCACUUGGAGAGGCCAUCCUGUGUCCGUGAUUGACACAGCGGAUAUUUUGGGCAACGGAGAUUGUGAUGAAAGGCUGGACCAGGAGACCAAGCGCUGCCUUGACCUCUCUCAGCCUGGCCCUCAUGCGCUCGUGUUUGUGACCCAGGUGGGCCGCUUCACCGCGGAGGACGAGGAGGCAGCCCAGCGAGUCCGGGAGAUGUUUGGGACAGAGGCCAUGAAGCACACCAUCCUCUUGUUCACCCGCAAAGAAGCCUUAGAAGGCAACUCCUUGCGGGAUUACGUGAUGCAGUCAGAUAACGAGGCUGUCCGGAAGCUGGUCCAAGAAUGCGGGAGGCGCUUCUGCGCUUUUAAUAACAGGGCGGCAUUAGGAGAACGGGAGGACCAGGUCUCUGAGCUGAUGGAGAUGGUCCUGGAGAUGGUCCAGGGGAAUUCAAAGCCAUACCUGGAGACGCCAUCCAUGGAGGCAGCGCUUGGAUCUUACAUCUGCAGGAAAGGGGCCAAGGAAGAGGGGAAAGGGAAAGCUCGCAAGGGUGUCAGCUACAGAAAAAUAUUUAUCGCCUUAUGUGUGUGUGGUGCAGUGCUUUACCUGUUACAUUACCAUUUUAAUCGUUUCUCUCAAUAUCUCCCCUUUAGCAAAGCUGGGGAUUUUUAAAGCCAGCCCACCAACUUCUUAUGAGGUGUCAGGAGAAAAACAAACAAAUUUCCUAAUAAACUAAUGAACAAACUGGAUUGUCUGGGUGCAAUGUCCUAAGAAUCACCUGCUUAGUAUUUUAUUUGCCAUUGUAUCAGUUGCAAUGCCCCUGUGACUCUGGACAAAUAG